AUGAAGGCUCUUGGAGAAGAUGUUAAAGAUUCUGAAGUCAGCAAAAAGAUUCUGAGAUCUCUAACCUCAAGGUUCAAUGCCAUGGUCACCAUUCUUGAAGACAAAGAACUAUCUCAAAUGAAGAUUGAUGAUCUUCAAGCCUCACUCACAGCCUAUGAGAUGAGAAUUGGAGCUCCUACUCAACACAUAAGAGAAGGUGCUCUUAAGAAAAAGGUGGAAGAUUUGGAAGAAAGGCUCUUAUAUCUGAUUAGGAUACAGUUCUUGAAGAAGAAAAGCCAGAUGAUAGCCAAGAUGAUGAUUGCUUGUUUAUGGCUAUACUUGAAACCCUCUCAAGCUCAAGGUGAGGUGGAAAAAGAUAGUAACACUAAAGUGGAGGAAAUACUUAAAGAAUGUGAAAGAAGGACAGCUAAGUGUGAUCAGCAAAAGUCUCAAAUCAAAAAGCUCAACUCAGAGCUACAAAUGUCCAAGGAUUUGCUUGACAAGCAUUUCAAGUUAAAAAUGUCAACACUGUACUCAAUCUCCUUGAUUGUGUUCAGUGUUUUAAAACUUCAAUUAAUUAAGGAUGUGUGGACUACCAAAAGGUGCAAAGAAGAACUCUCACAAGCUCUGGAAGAGAGAUCACUGAAGAAGGCAGAGAUCUGGAGGAAUACUACAAAGCAAAAUGGCAAAACAGGUAUUAGUGAUGUUUGUGAUACUACAAUUAAGGCUAAACAAACUCACUCAGUAUUUGUUAAGGCCUCCACUAGUGACGUGUAUGUUAAGUUCCCCAUUGUGAAGUUUACAAAGUCUAAGUAUGAGAUACUUGACAAUACCUACAACAUACUGAAGCUCAACAGGUGUGACUUUGUCACAACAGCCAUGAAAAACAUCAAUUUUACUCCUGUGUACAUGAAGAAAUCAGACCUUUUACAAGCUCAAAAAGUCAACGACAAAGGGUCUUUUGUUAAGACUAAGAUGAUGUUGAUGCCUAAGAAGCUAAACUCUGUGAAUAUAUUGGUUUACAUAGCCUUCAAAGCUUGUAACACCAAUGACAAAUGGUAUGUUGAUAGUGGUUGUUCAAGACAUAUGACAGGUGACAGUUCCAAUCUUCUCUCCUUGAAGAAGUUUGAUGGCGGUACUAUGUUGUUUAGAGAUAAUCAAAAGGCUAAGAUUUUUGGCAUUGGUAGUGUAUGCAACAAGAAGGUGUGCUUUGAUAACUACAAGUGCAAUGUAGUUGACCUUACCUCAGAUAAGGUUAUCUUCUCAGCCCUUAGAUCCUCUGAAAAUGUUUAUACAAUCACUAAAAAGACUCAAUCAACUCAGUGCAACCUAUCAACAGUUGAUGAAGCAAUUAUGUGGCAUAAUAGACUUGGACUUGUUCAUACAAGGAAUAUUUCAAAAAUUCUAAAGUUCAAAGCUGUGAAGGGCUUACCUGCAUUGAAGUUCAAGGAAGAUCACACUUGUAGAACCUACGAACAAGGGAAGAAAACUAAGGUUUCAUUCCUCUCCAAAGAAGUUAACAGUUCAAGAUCACUUGAUUUAAUUCAUAUGGACCUCUAUGGCCCUACCAGAACCACAAGCAUUGGAGGAAGUAAGUACUCCAUGCUCCUCAUUGAUGAUUUUAGUAGAAUUUUGUGGAUUUACUUUCUGAGAGAAAAGUCUGAGGCCAUUACACACUUCAUCAAAUUUGUCAAUCUUGUUGAAAAUGAAAAAGGAUGCAUUGUCAAGAAGUUGAGAUUAGACUUUGGCAUUGAGUUCACUAUGAGAGAGUUUGAAAGUUAUUGUGAUGUAAAAGGUAUCAAGAAGGAGUUCUCACCUAUGGCCACACCUCAAUAA